GUGCGGCAAGCUCUGCCCGUGCAAUGCUGCCCCGCCGGCCGUCACUCGGAACCCUCGCCUUAUAACGCUUUGCGAUUGAUUAUCGAAAAGAACAGCUGAUUGAACAUGUGCUCGACUACUACGUGAUACGUGAAUGUGCUAUUAACAGCAGUGGGUGUGUUACCGCGUGGAUAGAGGAAGUUGGAAAAAUGAGGCUCUGUACAUAUUUGCUGCUGAGUUUCUUGGUUGUGCGUGCAUCACCAGAACCUCGGAAGAUGAGCAUUCUGGAGCCGCAGCAUCAUGUCGAGUUCACCAAUGAUACUGGCGUGAUCCUUACCUGCUCCACGAGGGGAGCAUACCAGCUGGACUGGUUACUGGUGGACAAUACGCCAGUGACGUCAAUAGCGGGUCUUCGGCGGGUGUUGACUAAUGGUUCGCUCGAGUUCCCCCCAUUUCCGGCUAACCACUUCCGGCGUGACGUCCAUACCGCCACGUACCGGUGUCGGUUAAGGCUGAAGAGCGGCUUCGCUGUUCUAUCAAAAAACAUUCACGUUCACGCGGUGGUAAAUGCGCCAUGGGAGGUGCAUGUAUCAGAUGAGUACGUGAUGUCGGGCAACGCGGCUGUUCUCCGCUGCGUGGUGCCACCACAUUGCGCCGAACGCGUCGCCGCGACUGAGUGGUUCGCGGAUGACGACACCAGUGUGUUCCCUUACUUAGGUCCAAAUUAUGAGCGUCUAGAUGAUGGCUCACUAUAUAUAGCUGCGGUCAGCCCAGAUGAUCGCUACACCGUAUUCCGGUGUAGGGUACGGGAUAGAGUUACUGAUCACACCUACACUAGUCAAUAUUAUGGUCACGUUAUAGUAACAGAACCAAAGGGGCAAGUACGCCCGCGAGCAGCAGUUGAAAUGCGCUCGCGCAGAGUCCAAGUGGGGCAUGAUGUGCGGAUACCCUGCGCUGCGCAUGCGUGGCCAGUUCCUACUUUUAGAUGGUUCCGAGAGCACCAUGAACAAUUAAUACCAAUAGAAAAGUCGGGGCUAUGGCCCCGAACGAGGGCACUAGGUGGCCUGCUGCAUAUCAAGUCCGUGCAAAGAGAAGAUGGAGGCAGAUUCGUCUGUUGGCUGAACAAUACUGCUGGAACAGAGUCUGUGCAUUUCACACUACUUGUUACAGAACCUUUAUCCGUCCGAAUACGACCCGAUACAAUAAGACCGAAAUUAAACGCUGACAUAAGCAUGGAUUGUAAAAUCUCUGGACAUCCCAUUGAAGUCGUUUAUUGGAUACACGAUGGCAAAACCGUGAAGGACACAGACAGAAUCUGGGUAUCGGAAGACAGACUAAGAUUACAUAUCAAAAACACACAAAUAAACGACCAAGGAAUCUACCAAUGUUUCGCGAGUAAUACCAGAGAUCAAGCAUACGGCAUUGCGGAGGUUUUAAUAGAUGUGUCGGAGAACAAUCGCGGUGUCGGAAAUCGGUCCCGUCGAGCGCCAUACGCCCGCAGCACACACACACACGACGCCGACUGGAACUUCACGGGAAAUAGAGAAUCAAAACCGGAACUUGUUUACUGGUUUUCCGAACAGACCCUACAACCUGGUCCAAGCGUGUCCCUUAAGUGUGUGGCGAUGGGCCACCCACCACCUCAAUUCACCUGGACACUGGACGGGUUUCCUAUACCCACUAACUCUCGGUUCGUCGUAGGGCAACACGUGACGCUACAAGACGACGUAGUUAGCCAUCUCAACGUCAGCCGUGUGACAGAACAAGAUGGCGGCGAGUACGCGUGUGUUGCCGCCAACACGGCGGGAAAAGCAAGUCACGCCGCCCGAGUUAACGUCUAUGGUUUGCCCUAUAUUCGUGAGAUGCCGAAAGUGACAGCUGUCGCUGGCAGUGAUUUGAAUAUCAAAUGUCCUGUUGCUGGAUAUCCAAUUGAAGCGAUCACAUGGGAAAGAGAUGGCCAAACAUUGCCAUUGAACCGCCGUCAGAAAGUCUUUCCGAACGGCACAUUAAUCGUCGAACAGACACAGCGGGGCGAGGACGCCGGUACCUACACCUGUCAGGCCUCUAACAGACAACGUCAUGUUGCCAGACGGGAUGUGGAAGUUCAAAUAUUGGUUCAGCCAAAGAUAUUGCCCAUACAGCCUUUGACGAAUUUACUGAGGGAGGGAAUGCGGGCUGCUAUCUCAUGUCAGAUACUAGAGGGUGAUUUGCCGAUUGCCUUCCGAUGGGAGAAAAACGGGCAGGCGGUGACGUCAUCGCCGUACGCGCCCAGCGGGAUUAUUACUAGGCGAAUGGACGAGUACAGCGCCUCUCUUGUGAUUGAACACAUAACGUCACUUCAUAGCGGGAAUUACACAUGCAUCGCUUCUAAUGUCGCCGGCUCCGAGCGGUUCACUGUGCCGCUAACUGUUAAUGUUCCACCUCGCUGGAGGCUUGAGCCAAAUGACAUAGCGGUAGCAUCAGGUCAAGAUGUCACUCUACAAUGCCAAGCAGAUGGCUAUCCGAGGCCCAUUAUUACAUGGAAGAAAGCUGUUGGUAAUACACCGGGGGAAUACAAGGACUUCAUGUUUGAAGGCAGCUCGAGGGUUCUUGAGAAUGGUUCGCUGGUCUUCGAGCGAGUGGCCAAAGACAGUGAGGGGCAUUACCUUUGUGAAGCGAGAAACGACAUCGGAGCUGGGCUUAGCAAACUCAUAUUUCUCAAAGUUAAUGCCCCAGCCCGUUUUCCAAUGAAGAGUAAGACGGUCCAGGUGACAGCCGGAGAAGCUGCUCAUCUGCAAUGCGCUGCUUCGGGUGACGCGCCCCUGGAGCUCACAUGGCGAAGCCCUCAUCAUCAUACAAUCGCCCACCAUUUGGAUCAAAGAUACACAAUACGUGAACAAGUCCUGGACGAUGGACUGGUGUCGGAGCUGAGUAUAUUACAGACAUACAGACAAGACACAGGUGCCCUCACUUGUCGAGCAUCCAAUGCGUACGGGCAGGACGAAAUGCUCAUACACCUAGUCGUACAAGAGGUACCAGAAAUGCCAAAGAACAUAAGGAUAAUAGACCAACAGUCAAGGUCCAUACAAAUAUCGUGGACGCAGCCAUAUGCCGGCAACAGUCCUAUUAUAAACUACAUUCUACAAUAUAAAGAAGCUCCAGAACCUUGGCCCACGACGCCUCAAAAAGUAAUAGUUCCUGGUAGCGUGACGUCAGCAAGUGUACAAAAUCUUCAACCAGCCACCUCCUACCACUUAAGGAUUAUCGCUGAGAAUCGCCUGGGCCAGAGCGAACCAAGUCUAUUGGUACAAGUGACUACUACAGAAGAAGUUCCCAGCGGUUCACCUAUAGAUGUCCGCGUGGAGGCAAAAAGCUCUACGGAACUAAUCGUCACUUGGGAUCCACCCCAAAAGGACUUGUGGAAUGGGAACAUUCUUGGAUAUUACGUGGGAUUUCAAGAGCUCAAUAACAACAGUACAAUACUGAGCGCUAGUGGGCCGGGCGGUGCGUCGUACACAGUUCGUACUGUUGAAGGCACGGGCAGUGCACGAGCUCGUACCACGUUAUCCGGUCUUCAGAAGCACACGCCGUACGCUGUUGUGGUACAGGCGUAUAAUAGUAGAGGGGCGGGUCCCGCCUCGCCCCCAACCACUGCUACUACUAUGGAAGAUGUACCGAGUCUUCCCCCCGGCUCAUUGACGUGUUCCGCUCUGAGCUCUCAGUCCGUACGAGUGAAUUGGGAACCUCCGCCGAUGCGAGGGCGGAAUGGAGUGUUACAGGGUUUCAGGGUGACAUAUGCGCCUGUCACCGAUUGGUAUGGGAGCGAAGAUGCUGUAACGAAGCAGAUAUCAGGCCUGCACACAACACUGUCAGGGUUGCGUCGAUAUACGAACUAUUCCGUUACUGUGUGUGCGUUUACUGCGGCAGGGGAUGGUGUGAGAGCCGCCCCUGUUUACUGCCAUACCGAGGAAGAUGUGCCAUCAGCACCAGCCGAUAUAAAAGCCGCAGUGUCAUCGAGGAACAAGAUUCUUGUGUCGUGGCUUCCACCUGCCUCACCCAAUGGCGUACUGGUGGGCUACACUCUGUAUAUGAGUGUUAUUGAAGACGGGAGAGAAGAGGGUACCCAUAAACGCAUGUUAUCUCCAAGUACCCUCACACAUGAGACGUCUCGAUCCCCAUCUCGAGCCACGCAUCAGUUCUGGGUCUCCGCUUCCACGAGACUUGGGGAAGGAGACACGACUAGGGUCGUCACUGUGCUGCCCUCUGACUCUGUGCCAGCGCGAAUAACAUCGUUCAGCCGUAGUAUCGUAACACCGUGGAAGGAGAACAUUUCCCUGUCAUGCAAUAAAGUGGGUAUUCCCACACCUUCAACCACUUGGAGUAUGAACGGCGCCAUAUUGGAAUCUACUUUACGCAAGAAUGUUACAAGUGACGGGACGCUUAUUAUAAGCAUGACCCAGUAUGCGGACAGCGGUAACUACACAUGCCUGGUGGAGAACCAACAUGGCCACGAUGACGUCACCUACAUAGUGGAGGUGAAAGUCCCCCCGCAGCCUCCAGUGCUAGCUGUGGUGGACUCCUAUGCUGACUCCCUACAUCUUCAGUGGAGCGACCAGGGCGACGGCGGCAGUCCUAUUUUAGGAUACGUAAUAAAUUACAAACGGGAACACGGCGAUUGGGAGGAGCUUCAAGUGGAAGCUGGUACUUCGGAACACGUCCUUCCAAACCUCUGGUGCGGCACUCGGUACCAGCUUUACAUCACCGCCUUUAAUCGCAUCGGGACUGGUCUGCCGUGCGAUAUCGUACAUGCUUAUACUAAGGGCACCGUUCCAGUAAAGCCCAAGCAUUCACAAAUGAUAACAUUGAAUACCACAACUGUAACGGUAUGGCUCGACUCUUGGGGAGAUGGCGGUUGUGGGAUAUUGUACUUUGUCAUAGAGUACAGAGAAGUCAGCCAAACUCAGUGGCGCUUAGUAUCGAACAGCGUGCAAGCAACAGAGCGGGUGUUCAGCGUGACCGGACUCUCUCCAGCCACGCAUUACCAACUUCGGAUAACAGCUCAUAACAACGCCGGACACGCCCUCGCUCUUUACAACUUUACCACUCACUCACUCAGCGGUAUGUUGGAAGGAGAGAUAUCUCCAGCGGUACCGGCUGCAGGAGCGAGGUCUUUGGGAGGUGCAAGAGUCAUACUGCCUGCAGCGCUGUCUCUUCUAGUUUUGGCUGCCCUCAUUGCAAUUGUGCUACUUGUUAGAAGAAAUAAGACGAGUGGUACAGAGACAGCAGUGACAGAGAGCGGAGCAGGCGAAUCGCCGUCUGUCGCGCAGCUUCAGAACAAAGUCAAUCGCGACCAGCAGUAUUUGGCUGCGCGUGCGCAUCUUCCAAACCCGACGCAUCACUAUAAACACGCAUCCAAUGAAUACAUAGAAGACAUCUGCCCAUACGCAACAUUCCAGUUGACCAAACCGAGUGCGUAUAGCGAGAGCAGCUACAGCGGCAACGUCUACAGUGGCCCUUACCACUCCGUGAGGGGCUCUUUUGUCUACCACGAUGUUAAAAAGAAUGAUAAAUAUAAGGGAAAAGAACCAGAAUACACGAAAGUGAGAAGAAAAGGGAACAGACUCCGUGACCCGCUGUCCGAGAGCCAAGAGUCGGACAACUUGGGGUCGACGGAUUCGGAGGUGAAGAAGAUACUAACGCUGCACCUGCCCAUUACAGAGUACGAGGACGAUGUCAGCGACGACGCGAGCGCCCCGCACUCGGACAGCGAACGCGCCGCGCCGCUCAGGCCUGCGCCGCCACCCACAUAUCCGACAGUUGAGCGUGGAGAGUCAUCGUCGUCAUCAGAGAACUCGGUGGCGGGCGUGGUCCGGAAGGCGUUUCCCUCGCGAAAGGGGAAGGCUGGUGUUGGCAAACGGCACGUGAGGUCUUCCAGCGGUUACAGCAGCCACAACGACGAGACCACCUUCAGUAUCUCGAACUACCCGUCAUUCAACGAUCACAUCCACCCUCCGUCCCGGUUCUCAGACGACACGGAGUGCGAGGGUCACCCCCGGGACAGACGCAAGCGACACGGGCACGACUCCAAGGUCUCCAGGGAAGCCUUUCAAAUCAAUGUCUGAGGGCCCAUAAGGGGGACUAAAUUAACUACUAAAAACUAAAAUCCCAAGACAGUCCCCCAAGGGUCCAAGUGAGUUAUCGAAGUUUAAUGGCUUGGAUUUAAGGAGUUAGAAAUAAAAACUAAUUAGUCCAUACAAGAGAAACAUACAUAAAAUCCGAAAUAGGAGACGCAAAACACUUUUAAAUACAAAAAAAGUACUAAGUAAGUUUUUAAAGUACUUUAAAAUUGUAAAAUGUUAAAUCCAUUUAAACAACUAAAAUUAAUAAAUUAAUCCAAUUAAAAUAAAUAAAAUGCUAUUACAAUUUGAAAGAAUUCAUGGCCGUGGUACUUUCGGCAUUGUUACUUAAAAAGCUCUUAGCACAUAAGUUUCAAUUUGUGUCAUAUAUAUGUGUCGUAUCUUGACGAUUGUUGGUAGAUCUACAAGUCUAUUCGAACGAUCUAUUGUCACGUGGACCCAGUACCCAAUACCCAUAACUCGCUGCACGAGUGUUCCUUACGAAAAUUAAUUGUAACCAUUUGUUUAUAAUGGAACUGUGAACUAUAAAAUACCCCGGCCUAUUGAUUAGAAGAAGUAUUUUAAUAAAAUAAUUAUUCGCUUGGAACCCCGCAAUGUUGCCAAAAUAUCUGUACAUAAUAUGUCGUGUAGAUAGAUAGGUUUAGCCAAUAACUAGUGCCAUGUAACACAAUAAACAGUUUUGUACUAUGUACUCUUUGGGAUAUUCAAAGUUUAUGAAUAUUAUGAAUGUAUUAAAAUUUAUUCGUAAUUUCGAUUGCGAGUUCAACAGAGCUUUUACGUCAUUUCUAACCUAACAAAAGAGGGUCUGUAGCUCUAUGGUUUUGUCUGCAUAGUGACACGUUGAAUAGAGAUAAAACAUUGUAUUUUGUUGUUAUUGAAGUAUUUGACAGCUCUGUUUCACUCGCUUGUGUUGAAAACUAUCAGAUUGGGGCUCUUAAGCCGUGUAAAUAACUGUUGUAUUAAAUGUAUUGACGAGUAUCGAAUAUUAUAACUAAGAAGAACAAUAAUUAAAAGUAAAUAUAUAUUUUAAACUUAAUGCCUUAUUGACCAAAGUCUUAAAACUAGUUACGAUGUAAUGAAAGGUUAUAUCCAUAUAAAGUAUGACUUGUUUGAUUCUUGUAAAUUUUAUGGAAACCUGAGUUUUCAUUAAUACGCUACAUAACUUCGAAUGUUGAGAUAACGAACUAUAUAACACA